GCCACCCAUUGCUCCGGGAUUCCUGUACAGAGCUUUUAUGUUCCCAGGCAGGCAUCGAGUAGCUCGGCAGCAGUUUCAGGAAGCUGCUGCGUCCAUAGUCAUACAGAACUGGUCCAGUACACUUGCUAUCCAAACCGCAGAUCUUCACUUCCCCUGCGUGUUUGCACAUCGGUGUGGGUCUGCGUGUCUGCGAUGGCUUCUUCCCCGGGCAGAGCCGUGUUCUUCCUCGUGCUCGCUCUGGUGCUACUGGGAGACCUCCGCUGCUGCUCUUGCUCUCAGGUGUAUGUGGUUUACAUGGGCAAGAGGUUGCAGGGCGACAGUGAUCGUCAACAGGACAUCGUGAGGCUUCACCACCAGAUGCUGACUGCUGUUCACGAUGGAAGCUUGGAGAAGGCGCAGGCAUCACAUGUCUACACUUACAGCAGCGGUUUCCAAGGAUUUGCGGCCAAACUGAACAAAGAGCAAGCCAUGAGAUUAGCCGAGAUGCCUGGUGUAGUCUCGGUGUUCACAAACACAAAGAGGAGACUGCACACCACCCAUUCGUGGGAUUUCAUGGGCUUGUCCACCAAUGCAGAGUGUGAGGUCCCUGGAUUGUCCACCAAGAACCAGGAGAAUGUCAUUGUUGGUUUCAUUGACACAGGAAUUUGGCCAGAAUCCCCUAGUUUCAGUGAUCAUGGGAUGCCUCCAGUUCCUAAAAGAUGGAGAGGGCAAUGCCAAAGAGGAGAGGCAAAUUCACCAUCAUAUUUCACAUGUAACAGGAAGAUCAUAGGAGGUAGGUAUUACCUCAAUGGAUACCAAGCAGAAGAGGGCGGUUCAAGUAAAAAUGCCAUCAAGUUUAUAUCUCCAAGAGAUAGCUCAGGGCAUGGCAGCCAUACUGCCUCAAUAGCAGCUGGAAGAUUUGUAAGAAACAUGAAUUAUGGAGGUUUGGGCGCUGGAGGAGGUCGGGGAGGAGCCCCCAUGGCAAGGAUUGCUGCCUAUAAGACCUGCUGGGACUCUGGCUGCUACGACGUCGACAUUCUUGCAGCAUUUGAUGAUGCCAUCAGAGACGGUGUUGACAUUAUAUCUGUGUCUCUAGGCCCAGACUAUCCUCAGGGUGACUAUUUCAGCGACGCCAUAUCCAUCGGCUCAUUCCAUGCAACAAGCAAUGGGAUACUAGUUGUUUCUUCUGCAGGGAAUGCUGGGAGACAGAGCUCAGCAACUAACCUUGCACCAUGGAUGCUCACAGUAGCAGCAGGAACAACCGAUAGAUCCUUUGUCUCAUAUAUCAGACUGGCAAAUGGCACCUACAUAACGGGUGAGAGCUUGAGUACAUACCACAUGAAAAAUUCAUUUAGAACUAUUCCAGCUUCAGAAGCCAAUGCGGGCUAUUUCACCCCCUAUCAAUCCAGCUUUUGUCUGGACAGCUCUUUAAAUAGGACCAAGGCUAGAGGAAAGAUUCUUAUUUGCCGCCGUACUAGAGGCUCAUCGGAAUCACGUGUAUCAACAAGUAUGGUUGUCAAGGAAGCUGGUGCAGCUGGGAUGAUUCUUAUUGAUGAGAUGGGGGAUCAUGUUGCUAAUCACUUCGCUGUUCCUGGAACUGUUGUUGGGAAAAAAAUGGGUGACAAAAUUAUUUCUUAUAUCAAGAGUACAAGGCAUGCCAGUACAAUGAUCUUGCCAGCAAAGACGAUCUUAGGGUUGCAAGAUGGCCCACGGGUAGCGGCAUUCUCUUCAAGAGGUCCAAGUUCACUGACACCUGAGAUUCUGAAGCCCGAUGUCGCUGCUCCUGGCCUGAACAUCUUGGCGGCAUGGUCUCCUGCUAAGAAUAACAUGCACUUCAAUAUUCUAUCUGGAACUUCCAUGGCAUGUCCCCAUGUUACUGGAAUAGCAGCACUUGUCAAAAGUGUAUAUCCCUCAUGGUCUCCUUCAGCCAUCAAAUCAGCAAUCAUGACAACAGCAACUGUACUGGAUAAGAAAAGAAGAACCAUUGCCACAGACCCUGAUGGGAAGGCUGCAACCCCGUUCGACUUUGGCUCGGGUUUCAUAGAUCCCAUCAAAGCUCUGAACCCAGGGAUCAUCUUUGAUGCACAGCCUGAAGAUUACAGGUCAUUUUUAUGCGCCACAAGCCAUGAUGACCGCUCCUUGCAUCUAAUAACCGGAGACAACUGUACCUGCACCCGCAGAUCCUCCUCUUCUGCUACUGUUCUGAACUACCCAUCAAUUACCAUACCAUACCUGAAGAAGAGCUAUUCAGUCACUCGAACUAUGACAAAUGUGGGCAAUCCAAGGAGCAGUUACCGUGCUGUGGUGUAUGCUCCUAGAGGUAUAAACGUAACAGUGACACCACAAGUUCUAAACUUCAAGAACUACGGUGUAAAGAAGGCUUUCACAGUUAACUUCCAUGUGGAUGUGCCUCCUCGAGGUUAUGUUUUCGGCUCUUUAUCAUGGCAUGGAAAUGGAAGAGACGCUCACCUGACGAUGCCGUUGGUAGUGAAAGCUUAAGCAUCUAACAAGGCCUGAUUUGAGUUGAUCAACUGGACAGAUACUUGAAAGAGGUUGCUAGAUUAGGCUACAGCGGUAAAGAGGUAGAACUUCUGUUAAAAAAAGAGAGGUAGAACUGAUUAGAUGAAAAGCUAACCCCUAUCAAUAUGUAUUAAUGGCAUUUGAUUUGUAAAUGUCUUGGCUAGAAUGCAACCACCCCCAGAAACAAGAAAUAUUUUUCCUAA